AUGAUGCGGGUGCAAGUCAAAGAGGGGGAGAUGACGAAGACCAUCUAUACACACAUCAUGGAGCAGAAGUACGACAAGGCUGUUAAAAUCCUCAACCAACAACUGCAAUUCUUUCCAGAGAGCCGCUGCGCCUUGUCUUUGCUUGGGUACUGCUAUUACCACAUGCAAGACUUCGCCAGUGCCGCGGACAUCUAUGGUCAGCUUGUACAAGUUGUGCCAGAGAUCGAUGAGUACAAGAUCUACCAUGUACAGAGCCUCAUCAAGGCUGGCUUGUAUGAGGAGGCGAGCCAGGCUUGUACUUCCGUAGAGUCGCCCGAGUACACGGAGCGCGUCCUUAUGCUGCAAGCCACGAUCUCCUAUGAGCAGGAAGAGACGCAACUGGCACGCAGCAUCCUGGAUCAAUGUCAUCCAGAUUCUGAGGAGAGGCAAGUCUUUGAGGGCGCGCUGCUUUGGAAAGAGAAGCGGUACGCCGAAGCCAUGAAGCUCUUCAACGAUGCCAUAACUAGUACCGGCUACCAGGCGAGCCUGGCCUACAACAUUGCGCUAUGUUACUACAGCUCCAAGCAGUACGGCCCUGCUUUGAAACACAUUGCAGAGAUCAUCGAGCGGGGCGUGCGGGAUCACCCGGAGCUGUCCGUGGGCGCUUUGUCUGAGGGCGACCUGAAAGCUCGGAGUGUCGGCAACACGUCGGUGCUGCGGGAAACCGCCUUGAUUGAAGCCUUCAACCUGAAGUCGGCAAUAGAGUACAUGACAAAGAACAUGGAAGCCGCCAAGGAUGCUUUAGCUGACAUGCCACCUCGGGAUGAGUCGGAGCUCGAUCCGGUCACGCUGCACAAUCAGGCACUCAUAGAGAUGGACGAGAAGCCCACUGAAGGCUUCCGCAAGCUCAAUUUCCUGCUUAACCAGCAACCAUCGCCACCAGAAACUUUCGUGAAUCUCCUCCUGCUGUAUUGCAAGUACAGCUAUUAUGAUCUCGCUGCCGAUAUUCUGGCAGAGAACGCCGAGCUGACCUACAAGAAUAUGAAGCCUGAGGAUUACGAAUUUUUGGAUGCGUUGAUUUUGGGCCAAUCUUCGCCUGAAGAAGCGUACCGGCGCUUUGAUGAGCUGUCAGCGAAGCAUGUGGAGAUGUUGCGGAAAGGAACCAAGAACAUCCAGGAUGCAAGAAGACAGCGAGAUCAGACUCAGGUGAAGAAGUACCUAGCCGAAUUUGACGAUGCCCUGGCAAAGUACAUACCGGUCCUCAUGGGGCAGGCCAAGAUCUAUUGGGAGCUAGAAAACUACUCCAUGGUGGAGAAGAUCUUCCGCCAAUCUGCCGAGUUCUGCAGUGAAGAUGAGUCAUGGAAAUUGAACGUGGCCCACAUCUUCUUCAUGCAGGAAAAGUUCAAGGAAUGCAUACGCUACUAUGAGCCUUUUGUGCGAAAGCACAAUGAUGACCUGCUGAAUGUGACAGCGAUCAUCCUGGCAAAUCUGUGUGUUGCGUAUGUCAUGACCUCGGCCAACGAGGAAGCGGAGGAGCUGAUGAGGCUCGUGGAGCGCGAGGAGGAGAAGGUGAAGGACCCCUCCAAACCGGUCUACCACCUUUGCAUCAUCAAUUUGGUGAUUGGCACCCUCUACUGCACCAAGGGUAACUUCGAGUUCGGCAUCAGCCGAAUUAUCAAAUCCCUAGAGCCGUAUGAUAAGAAGAUCGGCGUCGACACCUGGUACUAUGCCAAAAGGUGUAUGCUGGCCUUGGCAGAGACCCUGGCAAAGAACAUGGUCGUGCUAAACGAUGAAGUCUUCGAUGACAUCAUCGCUUUCCUAGACUCUGCCGACCAAGUGGGAAAGAACAUAGGUACAACCAUCAAUGUUGUGGAGGCUGCCAACGAAGACGCUGCAAGCAAGCGCACAGUCUCGCAAGAAGCGAGAAUGAUCAAACGCUUCUUCCUGAAACUCCGGGAUUAA